AUGAACCCGAAAGUUAGCAUCUGCAGCUUGCCCACCGAACUUCACACGCAGAUCCUCGAGUAUCUCUCCGACGACUUCACCUAUCAGGUCAUUGCGAGCUGUGUACUUCCUUUAUGGGGAGAUAUUAUCCGCGAAUCUUCACGUUUGCAAAGAAGCCGGUAUGUCCGCUUUCAAUCUGCAUGGCAGAAUGCCGUUGCCAUACAUCGGGCGGUCGGCGAAACUUCCGGGCGCUUCGCCUUUUGCUGUGCGGUUCGCAAUAGAGUUAUCGAGAAAUACAGCAUGGCCUGGGAUCCGCAGCGUUUAUCAGAGGGCCUGCGGGAUGGAGGCAUUUUGGUUUCCAUGAAGGAUAUACCGGAAUCAUGGGGCGAGAUUGAUAUUACGGAGAGCUUCAUCUUAGAUGAACAUUUUCUUCUACCUUUUCGUGGAACUCUCGCGCAAGAUCUAAAACUUCCGGGUGAAGACGUUUCGGUCUCUAAAUCCCACGUCGAUAGCGAUCUAAGAACAUCGUUUCUCAACAUUUGGGUCAACCAGCUCACAUCCUCAGGACGCUUUAAAAACUUCCAAAAAUUGACGAUUUUUCCUUCUCACCUUGGUGAUAUGACUCUCAGGAGUCUUCUAAAAUAUAUCGUCCGAAAGAUUGACAAGGAACUUCAGAAGACUGGGGUAAAUAUUGAAAGAACGCAUUACUUCAAGCUCUGGCCGCAUCCUCGAUCUUAUGAUCUAGAGGUAAUGGUAUAG